UCUAAAUAAAAAUUGCAUUACCGAAUUUGGAAGAUACAUUAAAAAUGGGUGAACAAUCUAAAACGCAGUAUACCGAUAGAAAUGGAACUUUUCUAAAAUUUCAUCCAUCUAUACCCGAAGAAGAACGGAUUUUUUAUAUGAAAAUGUACUCUACUAUUGAUCAAGUACGAGACAAAAAAGUGCACUGUACAAUAUGUAAAGUUCAUAUAGGCACUGCACCGGCUCAAGAAAAAUUUAUUCGAAUGCACCCAGUGUUACAUGUGACACAGUGCGGUAAAUGCCAUGAUUACUAUAAUAGCGGAGAAUUUAUUACAGGCGAAAACGGUUCUGAGUUAUGUUGCCGUUGGUGUGGUCAAAAUGGUGAAGUCUACUGCUGUUCAAAUUGCCCUUAUGUUUUUUGCAAAUCAUGCAUAGUCAAGAACUUAACUAGGGACGUCGUAGCUGAAAUUGAAAACAGAGAAAACUGGAUAUGCUUCAGUUGUGCCCCCAAAAUACUUUGGCCUCUACGAGCAAGACAUUGGGCACUUGUCAGUUAUAUUGAAAAACAAAAAAGAGAUAUAAUGGCAAGGAAGCUUCCAGAAACUGAAGAAAAAAUAUUAUUUGCGAUUGAUCGUAGUAAUUGCUGUCGACAAAGUAGAGCUAAAUCUGGUUAUAUAUCAAAUUUUGUUGAAAGUAUUGAUGCAAUUCACUCAAGAAGCAGUAUGGGCAAUAGUAAUCAAUUAAAAAAGCCCUUCAAAUCAACUGAUUCCAAUUUCACAUCAUUAGCUAAGCGUCCCAAAACAUCUUAUGAUGAAAUUGUAUGUACACCUGAUGUUCUAAGUAUGUUAGAUCUAGAUCGUCAGAUUACGGUUUCUCCAAAACCACGCCCAUUGGUAUCUCCAAACACAUCUACUCAAAAAUUGUUAAUAAAUGUAACUAGUUCUGACAGUUCAAGUGCACAACAAACUAAAAGCACUACAGCUCCAUCGUCACUAAUGUUGCGAAACAUGGAAAAUCAAAUGCGAGCAUUAGGCACAUCACCUAUAAUGCGACAAAUUGUUAUAGCUAAACGAACGCCUUGUGCAGGUAACGUUAGUGCGGUUCCAAUCUAUCACACAAUUAGUGGUUAUCGUGUUGAUCUGAAUUCUGCUGCACAACAAGAAAAGUUAAGAUUACCGAAUGGUGAACUAAUACAAGUCAAACGUACUAAAUCCCAACAGCAAGACACGACAAAUCUAAAUCUUAAUUCACGUCCCAUACAGAUAAGACCAGUGCUACCACAAGCACAUUUUGCUAAUAUAACCCAACAGCAUUCGGUUUCAUCAGCAACUUCCAAUCAACAGUCACAAAUAAUGCGUUUCAAUAAUUUUAUAACCAAUAACAGUAACAGUCCCGUGACACAAAAUGGCACAUAUUCACAUAUUCAAAUGAUCAAUGGUGCACCAGCUGCUCCAACUCAAGUUCAGCAAUCUCCAGUUAUUGUACGACCAUUUUUAAUAAAACAUAUGUUCCCAAAUACUUCUAUUGGGCACGCACGUACACAAUUACAGGAACAAGUCUUCAGUGCAAUUGAUGUAUGUCAGCAUUUUACCGGUAAAAUUCAAACUCUCACGAAUUCUAAUGCUUAUAAAGAAGCACGCAAUUAUAUCGAAAUCAAGGAACUAUAUAUACAUCUAUCCUAUUUACUAACCUAUGCCUCUGGUCGAUUCAAGAGCUUACAAGACAAGUGCAUUACAGAUAUGCGUCAACUUGGAUUUGGUGCUGACGCUGAUUGUUUAGAAAAUGGACAAUUAGCUUCAGGUAAACAAGCAUCAGACGAUGAGUAUGAUGAAAUAGAAAUUAUAGAACCCAAAACGGAUACAAUCAAUUUAGAUUCAGAUAAUGAAGAUAAUGAACCAGUUAAAGCACCAACGGCACCAACAACAGCAACUAUUCCUAAAAAGAAAAUCUUAUUACCAACAAAUUCUAAGAUGCAAAUCAUACGGCAAAUUCCAAUGCAACAGAUUCAAAUUGAACAAAAUGAUAUAAAUAUUAAUCCUUUAAAGACAAAUACACCAAAAGGGACUCCAGUAGAGUUAAAUGCAUUUCAACCAAAUUUAACAGAACAAAUUCCUGUGCAAUCAUUAAUGCCAAAGGCUUCACAACUACCAGAAGAAACUGAAUUUUUGGACGCUGCUCAAAGUAUCCUAGCUAGUAUGCUUGAUAUUGAUGAAAAAGAGCAAAAGGUGUCACCAUCUUCAGGAGUUCUAAAAAAAAAAAGACCACGAAAAAAGAUGACAAAUAUACGAAAUCCAACUUUAAUUAAACAAAAUCUUAUACUAGAACGUGAACGUCUUGAAGAAUUGAAACGAAGUGACACGAAACUGAAAAUGAAGUGUAAGGUUUUAAUAAAAAAGGCUGAAGAGGAAUUUCCAGAUAUAAUAGAUACAGUCACCCUUACUCGGAAUACACCCAGGAAAUAAUUUUAUA